UUUACCGCCUGCCAUUUACCGCCUGCCUGCUAGUCAUUCCCAACAUCAUGGCAAAUUGUAGGACAGUGAAGGUGCUUUCGAUGCCAAUUCGCAGACAAAUUAGACGACGAUUUAAUACAACAUCAAUAUUUGGUGACAAUAGAAGUAUAAGGGUGAGGUUUGCACCGAGUCCUACAGGUUACAUGCAUUUAGGUUCUCUGAGAACAGCGUUUUACAAUUAUUUAUUUGCCAAGUCCAACGGAGGUACGAUGAUAUUGAGGAUCGAAGAUACCGACCAGACCAGGCUUGUAGAUGGUGCUAUUGAGAAGAUUAUAGAAACACUUCACUGGGCUAAUCUUGAACCAGAUGAAGGGCCUCUGAUUGGUGGAGACUGUGGACCAUACAUUCAAUCUCAAAGAACAGAAUUCUACAACAAAUACUUAGAUGAAGUACUUCAGACAGGGGCAGCAUAUAAGUGCUACUGUUCCAAAUUCCGUUUGGAUUUGAUCAGAAAAGAUGCUAUCAAACGAGGAGAAACUCCAAAGUAUGACAACAGAUGUCGACAUCUGACAGAAAGGGAAGUUCAAGAACAAACUGAGAGGAACACACCAUAUGUUGUCAGAUUUAAGUUAAAACCUGAAGACCAUGAGUUAUUCACCGACCUUGUUUACGGUCCGUACGACGUGAAUAUUGCAGACAAUGAAGGUGAUCCAAUUAUUAUGAAAAGUGAUGGUUUGCCAACCUAUCAUUUCGCCAAUGUAGUGGAUGACCAUAUGAUGGGAAUUACUCAUGUUUUACGGGGUCAGGAAUGGCAGAUGUCAACUCCCAAACAUCUGCUGAUGUAUAAAGCAUUUGGUUGGUCACCUCCAGAGUUUGGGCACCUCCCUCUCAUCAUGAACAGUGAUGGCACCAAACUGUCGAAGAGACAGGGAGAUAUUCAGAUAUCAUAUUAUCAGAAAAAAGGAUAUAGUCCCGAGGCAUUACUGAAGUUUAUGACAUUGAUGGGAGGGGGGUACACACAAACAGAAGACAACUCUAUUAGAUAUGAUAGCAUGAAGGAUCUCAUCGAGAAGUUUUCCAUAAAGAAUAUGUCCACUAGUGCUGGUCAUGUAGAUCAUGAGAAACUGGAGCAGGUGAAUAAAAUUUAUCUGAAGAGGGCGCUGCAAGAUAACCCCGACCUUGUCACAGACAUGACAUUGAAUAUUUUAAGGAAACACCUGCAAACAAUAUAUUCUAACGAAUUUGCCAAUGUCCAUUUGGAUAAAGAACAUGUUGCCAGCAUUCUACAGUGGUCUCUGAGGGAAAAUAGAAUUAAUAAAGUUGCUGAUUUGACAGAACCAGAGUGGGACUUCUUAUGGAACACACCCUCAACAACUCAGAUUCAAGAACUUUGUGAAAAUUCUUACCUGAAUGUCAGUGCUCUUUUACAAGACUGUUGCACAGCUGUCAAUCAGAUGUCAGAUUUCACAGAGAGCUCACUGAAAAAAUCUUUAUCUGUAAUAGCAGAAGAAAGAGGGAUCAAACUGAAAGUCUUGUUGUACAAUUUAAGAGUUUCUUUGUCUGGACUUAAGGUUGGACCCCCUGUGAUUGAAAUGAUGAAUAUACUUGGAAGAAAUACCACUCUGAGUCGUCUCAAACACGCUGAACAGUGCAUUAAUAAUGCACAAUGUGUUGGCAUUAAAAAAUAAAUAUCACUUGUACAUGCA